AUGCUAUAUCAUUUGGAGAACAAAUGGGUUAAUCUCGUUGCUUUGCACACUCCACCCAAUGAGGACGAUUCUUUCUUGGGUAAGAGACAGAAGGAGUAUGUGGAACUUCGCCGGGGGCCUGUUCCUGCGAAGUGGGAAUGGCAAGAGCUACUUCGUAGAGAAACGUCAAUCAGCUAUGAUUGGCUUGCGUAUCUUGACCAAAUCAUGGAUAUUCCACCAGUCGGUACAUUUGUCGAUGUGCACAAUUCUGGGUGUCUUCCCUGGCUCCCUGUAUUCCUCGAUUCCAAAAUGCCUUUGAUGUUAUACUGGGGUCAAACUCAUGAUUGGUCUAUUCCAAAAUUUUUCAACUUUGUGAUCCCCUUUCCUAAUCCCGUCACGUUUCCAAUUCCCAAUACUACCACGAUUGACAACCUUUCCGCGACACAAACAUCUUAUCCACCACCGUUAUCAGAAGGCCAUUUUUUCAACAGCACAGAGGUAUCUACUCAUAAGCCUAAAUUGUGGUAUCCACGUAUCACUGGUGGAAGCUUUCCCCAUCACAAUGAGGACAUAUUCACAUUCAUCCAAUGCAGAGAAGCUCAUAGACUCAAAAUUAUCAUAUCAGAGGCGGCAUCCGAACGGCAAUCUCGCUUACAGCGGGAAGAAAACGCUAGGAGAGAUUGA